GUGAAACCUGUAGUGAGUCAACUGCAGGGACUGGGCCUGUUUUACAGCAGUUUUGGCCUUUUUUCUCAGGUCUCCUGUUUCUGUAAUAGCACAAAGGUUUCAUCUACAUGGCCAUAAAGCUGCAGAAUACAAGCGAAGGAUGAAAAACUGGAGCAAAAAACACAAGAGACAAGAAAAUGGGGAUGAAAAUGGGUCUUCGUCUCACAACCAGAGCUCAGUCGGUGAUCCGGCAGUGCCUGUGUGGGUCACUCACACCCCCCCACCAAACAGUGGGACAGAUGACAGCGAUGGAGAUGGCAUGUCCAACUCUACGUCCUUUACUGAGAAGGAGAGCAGUGAGAACAACAGCAACACCAAGAGCAGACUGAGAUCUCUCCUACCAAAAUCACUGAGCGGGAUAAUCCGCAAGCACACGGGUGGAAGUGACUAUGAAACCACCACAACUGGGAUCCAGAUUCUUCCUAAUGGGACAAGGGUGAGCCCUCCUGUGAGUCCCUUUCUGGAGCGCAGGAACUGGGACCAAUCAUCCGGAAACUCUGCCAAAGAGUCCUGCAAGUCUUUGCUGAGGCAAACCCCUCCAGAUGAAUCUUUUUAUACAGGAAUACAACAAGAGUCUCUGCUGACCAGCAUCCACCCUGCAGAGCAUUAUGCCGCCAAGGUAGAGGUUUACCAGAAGAAGUACUCCUAUUUGAAAUCAUGGCCCGGUUUAUUGAGGCUCCUGGCUGGGCUGCAGCUCCUCUUUGGUGGUAUGGUGUUGGCAUGUGUCAUAGCCUACAUCCAGAAAGACAGCGAGUGGUACAACACGUAUGGUGUCUACAACGGAAUAAACAACAACGGACUUGGUCUGUCUGGGUACAGUUACAGAGGGCCUAUGACUCCCUUUGUUUUAGCUGUAGCCGGAGUUUCCUGGAUCAUUACUCUGAGUCUCCUGGUGAUGGGGAUGACGAUGUAUUACCGAACAAUCCUCCUCGACUCAUCCUGGUGGCCCCUGACUGAGGCGUUCAUCAACGUGGCUCUGUUCCUGCUUUACAUGGCAGGAGGGAUCGUAUAUAUAAACGACUUGAAUCGAGGGGGGCUGUGCUUCAUGACGAUCGGGGUCAACCCCAUCAUGGCCAAUCUGUGUCGGGUCGACGGAGGCCAAAUGGCUGGGACAGCGUUUAUCUUCAUUAACAUGACGAUGUACCUGGGGAGUUUCCUGGUGAGUCUUAAGAUGUGGAGGCAUGAAGCUGUUCGGAAGGUCAGGCGGGAGUUUGAGGAGCAGGGUGACUUUAACCAUUCACUUUCACUAAAUCCCCUUAAAACCAACCUAUCAUCCAGGGAUGAACCAGAUAAAUUGAUGAAUAAAGAUGAUAAGUAUAAGUGUGAACAGUCCCCUGAGGUCCAUAAAUCCCAAAUCAGUCCUAACAGAUCUACUAUGUCCAACUACACACCCGAGGUGCAUGUCAUUGCAGACUUUAUAAUGAAGUAUCCAGAGAUCAGAUCUGCAGAGGAACGGGAAAAGUACAAGGCUGUUUUUAAUGACCAGUAUCAAGAGUACAAGGACCUUCACAGAGACAUCAUCACCACCCUUCAGAAGUUCAGUGAGCUGGAUGCUAUGGUGGAACAUCUUCCCAGAAAAGGGAAAAGCCUGGAGGAUCAACAGAGGAUUCAAAAUAUAUUAAAAAAAUAUCAAGAGAAGAGAAAUGAUCCUGCUUUCGUUGAGAAGAAGGAACGCUGCGACUACCUGAAAGCUAAAUUAAGGCACAUUAAAAACAGAAUUCUGCUUUAUGACCAGGAGGCUGCAGCCAAUCAUCAGACCUGAUAAGAAAUGCAAAAUAUGGUUAUUUACUUUAUUCUUUUGGUUUUCUGAUGCAGUAUUUCACUCCAGAGGACAUUAUAAGUUCUCCUGUAGGUUAGUUUAUUAUUUUAUGUGGCAGGGAAAAUGUAUAAAAUACACUAUUCUGUCAAAGAAAAACUGCUUUGAACCAGAUUUAGCUAUUGCUAAUUUGCAUCUGAAGUCCUU